UCUUAAUGCUGUCUAAGAUCUUCAAAAGGUAAAUAUAAGAAAGAGAACUCAUUUUUUCCUGCUCAAUAUAGUAAAUAGAGCUGCUGUAUCAGAAAAUAAUAUUACCUACAGAAUUGCUCUUAUCAUGGUCAUUUAAGGCAUAUAAAAGCUGUUAAAUACAUAUGUACUAUAUUAUGUACAAGUAGUAUCCCCCAAUGACAGGACAUACUUGUUUCUCCCUUAACAUAUCAAGGCAGAAUAGGAGUCGUCUACAAAUUAAAUGAAAACUGAGUGCUGACUUCUGCCUGGUCUUCUGGGUGGACUUCCUAAGGAGAAGGAGUGGUAAAAGGGCACCUGUGUGCAUGUUUGACUCACAGCCAAAAAUGAUGUUUAUGGAAAACUUCAGAUGGAGCACAGAGGCAUUCAGCCAACAAAAUCUACAGCUGUGAAACUUGGAGCUUACAAGUACCCAAACUCCAAAAGCAAAAGCGGAAUUAUGGGACAGACUUUUGAAGCUUGUUUAUGUGCAAAUUUUUGUAGCAAUUAACUUUGUAUUUCUCUUUUAGGUAGUGAAAGGGAAUCCCAUGCAAGUAUAGACACUUACUUCCCCUUGUUCUCAAUAGUUACUUAUAAACAUAAUUUCAGAAAGGUGAAAAUAGGAGUUUAAAGUCUACUCUAGAAGUCUCUAAACUUUUGCAGCCUAAUCUCUGCUCAGCUGGUGAGCACAGUCCUGAAAGCUCAGCGCCUUCUGGCUGGACGACUAGGGGAGCUGCAGUAUGUAAGAAUGUCUCUGAAAAAGCACCUCAAACAAUGGGCAUAUGUCCCCAUCCCCAGAGCUCUCACGCUCAGUGUGCUGACAGCACACCCAGAAGCUGCCUGUCAACUUUCACCAUGCAGAAAAAAAAAACUGGAGUCUAGGUAUCGUUAACAUAGUUAUAUAAGUUAAGAAUACAUGCAAUCAGUCAGACAGACCAGAUACAAGAGUAGGCAAAAUACUGCACUCCAACAAAUCCUUUGUCAUUUUAAAGAAAACUAUAGUGUAUUUGUAGACUAUUUACUAAGCUACUUCAGCUAAAAUAAGAAUCAGUACCUUUAGGGUCAGAGAUCUGGAUCUAAUAAAGACUAAUUUACUUGUUUGUGGCACUAGACAUAAUCAUAACAACUCUUAACCAAAAAAAAAUCAAUGGAACAGUAACAUUUAUAUGUUCAUACAAAGAGAUCCUUUAGAUCCUACUCCAAUUACCUUACUGUGACAUACCUACUAUGUCUUUUAAGGUGAAGGUGGCAUAACUCAUAUGCCAUAACCAAUGUCACCUCAGCCAAGCUGACAGUACCAUCUUCCAAUGAUUUAGAUACUUGAGUGAUAUUAAAAUACUGAGCUCCCCAAAGUCAAAGUCUCACUUCUAAAGUCAGCCAUCAGUAGUCACUGUCCACGGCAGGCUCCCAAGUUGGAAGUAUCCCAGAAUCAGAAAACUACUUCAUAUAAGUCAAUGUGUGGGUACACUUUCGUGUGUGUAUGUGUGGGUGUCAGUGUGUAGCUGAGGCUGGCUUCAAACUCGCAGCAAUCCUACUGCCUCAGCUGACCAAUAGCUGACAUUACCGAUAUGAGCCACCACACCUAGUAAAGACACUGAUUAACUUACUCUAUCAUCUUCGUGUCGAUACAGUCUAAACUAGAGUAUAUUAUGGAAAAGUCUGUCGAGCACAGUGGUAUAUGUCUAUAAUCUCAGUACUUGUGAGGCUGAGGCAAGGAAAUCCUAAGUUGAAGGCACAGUAGACUAUAGAGUCAAAAAUUUUUUUUUUAUUUAAGGUGGGAGAGGUUUCCUAAAUUGAAUGGCAUUCUUUUCCGUCUUACCUACUGGUUCAAGAUAGUGGCAGAUAUGCUAAUGCCCUGCUUUUUUGGGGAAGAAAAGCACUACUUGCUCUAGUGUUUUCUAUUGCUUCAGUUAGGUGUUUUCCUCAAUCAGCUAGCUGAAAAAUGACCCCAUGUGUUCCUACUAACAAAUGCAGGGAAUAAAUCUUACAUGUGAAUCUCACCUUGAUUACUUUCCCUGGUUCUGGUGGUCAAAGUUACUAGGGCUAUGCCUAAACUUGUAUUGAAAUGUCUGGCAUUAAUAAAACAAAGAAGGAAUUAAUCUAUUUUUUAAAUUGUGAAGGGCAGGAGAGAAAUCCACAAAGUCGGAUUUCCCUUCCUAAGUAGCAUUAGAUUGGUCUACAUUCAUAACUUUCCCAGCAGGCCUUCCCAAGCUUUUACUUCAAACAAGCAGUGUCUUUGUUUCCCAGAUCCUCUUAUGUGUAACAUUUUAUCAAAGUUUUAAAAUUGGCAGCUAACAGAGGAGGAGAAAAUACUGCUCACUAGGUAUUACACAAGGCCAUACUUUCAGCUCAUGUGGAGGCUGUUACAAUCUGGAUUGCUGACAUUUUUCAGGUAAAUGCAAUUUCAGUACUGAGCUACAGUUCCUAUACCAUGAACAGUUUCAUUCUACUUCAUCACACCAGAAAGAAAGAAAGAAAGAAAGAAAGAAAGAAAGAAAGAAAGAAAGAAAGAAAGAAAGAAAGAAAGAAAGAAAGAAAGAGAGAGAAAGAAAAUUCCACUAAGGAUCACUAAAGCAAGCCUUAAGAAAACCCCUUCCUCCUUUCACCAGGGUGCUGUAAAGAAAAGUACAAGGCAUCAAACAAUCAUAUUCCUUUUACUAUACAACUUGAAAACCAAGCAAAAACCAAAGUCUGUUCCCUUGCAAUUAGGAAGGAGGAAGGAGGAUGUGUGCGUGUGCACUGUUUAGGUAAUUAAAUGAUCUAUACCUACUCGUAUGGAAACUAAUUGGAGCCAUGCUGAUGAGGUGAGAUCUGAUAAGAAAGUUAAAAAAAAAAAUCAACUCAUCAAUUAUGCCUAAACAUCCUUACCCAACUAAAUCUCCCGUCAAGAAAUGGUGGAAAAAAGAUUACUGAAAGAGAUACCUCACACUUUAACAGGCAAUAUAAGGAGAGGGCUGAAAGGAAAUCUUGCAGGGAAUUUUAUCCCUUUGAACUUUCAAAUAAACUCUUAAAUAAGAUUAUGCAAACUUACUAAAAACCGGUCCUGAUUAGAGAGAAAAAAUGCACCCCUUCUCCACUUCAGUUCUGGAGGCUUUCUCCAGAGUUGUUAAGGUUUGUGUUGGGUAAAGAAAGACCUCCUAACAAACCAGCAUUCUUUUCCACAUGAUCAAAGCUAAUUGGCCCCCCCUGCAGACUAAGUGACCAAUCACAUCAGCUUCAGCUGAAACCAGCCCUCACGACAUUAUAAACACAGGAAUGUAAGCUGCAAAGCCAGUCUAAGAAGAGAACCUACAAACUACACUGCAGGUUAAAACCACCUGAUCAAAUAAACAAGACUACUAACUUCACUGAGACCUACCUUGGUAGGCUGACCCCACAACAGAACUGGUGAGUACAUGAAAUAACCUUCAUUUUUAUUCUUUCUUUUAGGGAAUAGGCAAGGAUACUGACAGUAAAUAGGGACAAAGUAAGACUGCUUACAAUAGAGUUUUACAACAGACACAUUACCUAGGCAGUCAUAGCUAAGGUUUGUUCUUUUUUCUUCAACUUUAGAACUGGCAAAUAGCCACACUGCUAAAACGUUAGUGAAAGUUUAGCUCUCAAUUAUUUCAGUAAAUACAUACUAAUUGCUUGUUACAAUACAUAAAUAAGUAGGAAAGAAUACCAGAUAAAACUCAGUGGCUUUUAAAAGAAAAGACUGUGUUUAAAAUAGAAUUAGAAAAACUCAAUAUAAGCAUAUGGAAAUAAAUGCCAGAAGAAUAAACUAUUAUGUUUUUAAUUGUCUUAAUCCAAAAAAGAUAUGUGUCCUAAUUUAAAAUUUCUUUUUAAGCAGGGAAUUAUUAUUGAAAUAGAUUCUAUAUAUAAGAAAUUAAAAUAUGAACUAUUCUCUGAGCUUACAUAAUGGGGUUAAAAUUCACAUUGUUUACUCUAAUUAUAGAGGCCAGGAAAGGUGCUUAUGAGACUUUCAAUACAGCCUUUAAAGUGUUUGCAUAAGGCAUUAGCAAACACUACUCAUUUAACAUUUCUAAGUGCAGCCUCUAUCUUAACUGUCUAACAGGAAUUACAGCACUCCUCUAGAAGCACAGCAACAGAAAAAGCUAAGUUUAAGGGCUACCAAUUAAUGGACAGAGUAACUGUGUUAUUUCGAUAAAGAACCUAUCAAACUACCAUUUCUAAAAAUAAGUACUUUCCUCAUCAAACAAUUUAUAAAUGCCUAAAUAUUUUACAGCACCCACACAGAUACACACAUAAAUUUUCCACUUGUCUAUUCUACUUCCUGUUGUGAUCAGUUCAUGAAAAUCACAUAAAAAUUUAAAUCAAGACAAAUGCAUUCAAAAUGCACUCAUAGUCAAGUACAGCAACACAUACCUGUAAUCGUAGGACUUGAGAGAUAGAAGCAGUAGCCAUUAGUUCAAAGACAUCUGGCUACACUUGCUGAGGCUGAGAGCAGCCUGGGCUCUAUGAAACAAGUCACAAAAAGAGGGGUAGGAGGAGGCAGGGAAGAAGAGAAAAAGGAAGGAGGGAAGGAGGGAAGGAGAUAUUUAUGCCCCCAUGUGCCUGUGAGAAUGUAAAAAUCAUUUGGAAAUACGUCUACUAAUCAGACAUUUACAUUAGAAGGAGAAGGGGGAAAAUCCUAUAAAUAUCAACCAACAGCAAUGAAAAUUUUAAACCAUAUAAGCACACAUAAAAUCAUACAGGAACUAUCCAAUAGGAAACACAUAUCAGUUGAGAAACUAGACAUAAACUUAAAAACUAGCAGGUAGACUUUAAGGGAAUAUGUUAUUUAAUCUCUUUUAACCACAUUCUUUGCUUUAAUUUAAAAUAUCUGACCAAGGGGACAUGGUAGCUUGCCCAAAAUGACAGAGCUCUGUAUAAACAGAGCCAGUGCCUCCAGGCCAUGCUCCCUAUGCGUAAACCUAUUCUUUGCACUGCACGGCAGUAACUUGACUAUAUGAAUGCAUCAAAGUAAUCCACUGAGGAUCAAAAUUUUACUUCUCUCAACUACUUCCCUACAUGAUCCAAACAAAAGUCAACAAUGUUUCAUGGGGGAAAACAAAACUAAAAAUGCUUCACUGUUUUGAUACUGGCCUUUUGACUUCCCUGCCCAUGACUUUUUCCAUGUUAUUUGGUUGCUAGAGGGGGAAAAAUGAAAUUGUAGAGAGCCUAGAUAACGUUGCUACAAAACCUGAAAUAACCAAAGCAAUCAUAAAAAGACCCAAGUGAAAAUAAUGAUGAAGCAUAAUGUGUGCAUAGAAAGGCUCUCCUUCCAGUUACAGGGUUCUAUAGCCGUCAAGACUUAAGCAAGGGUGAACUUGAUCUGCUCUGCUUCUGUAAAGCAGGGAGCCCUUAGUGUACUUCAUUAGGACAAUGGCUCCAAAGGCUCAAUUACCAGUGUUCAGUCCCACAAGAGGCAUUUCCACAGACACAAGAACAACUAAGUCUGACAGCUCCAUUGUAGCCUUCCUCCUUGUGUCAAAACCAUUUCUUUUAUAAAAAUAUGUUAACAGUAUCAUUUUUAAUUAUCUUCUUAUCUGCCAAGGUAUGUUCAAAGCAAUGCUGCAUAAGAUGCCCCUCUUCAGAUUGCUUUACUGUACUGUAUUUUACAAUAAUUCUGAUUAUGCUUAUUUUUAAGUCUUAAAAAAGAAGUCUUCCUUAACUAAAGAUCUAUUUCUUAAACACAAUAAGGAUUCCUGGAGUACCAAUAUCUAGUGGCUCCUGUUUUUCUGUUUGUUUUCUUUUUGCCUUUUUUUAAAUUCACUAUGUAGCCUUGGCUGGCCUAUGCAGAUGAGGCUGGAGAUUCUCUUGCUUCUGCCUCCAGAGUGCUGAGAGCAAAGGCAUGUACUGCCACUCCUUGCCCCUAUGUUGGUUCUUGAACAAAGUAUUGCUCACAAAGGCUAACCAGAGUCAAAUGUCUUGGCUUUUAGCAAUAAUUCUGAAUUCUGGUAUGCUUGAGAAUAACACUCACUAACUGCUAAAUGUAUGAUUUUGGAAAAUUUAUCAUGCCUCACUUUCACUACAAAAUGGGAAUACUAUCAGUAGUUAUUACUAUAAAAGUUAAGAAGCAUUAUCAGUGACAAUAAAGCAACUAAUACUGAAUUUAUCUUACGCAAUGCACUGCCUUUUAGCCUCCCAUGAAUUUGGAAUGGUGCCUAGCACAGGAUAAACAAUGUAUAUCAGCUACUAUUAUAAAUCAUUACCACCGUUAAGAAUCAUGUAUAGAGCAGACAUGGUUUAAACUAGUCACUUCAGUAACAGGAGCAAGAAGAACACCUACUAAAUGUGUUAGGAACCAUCAAAGAUCAGCUUUAGAAUAUAAUAUAGCAUAAAUGCUGAAUAUACAGCUUCUUAUGGAAAAAAUUAAAUGUAAAUUAACUGUUGUUAACCAGACUAGGCAAAUAAUCCAAAGCUCUCAUGUAAUGUGUAUAAUCUCUUGCCUUUCUAUAUACUUUUGUGGCUCAAAAAAAAAAAAAAAUAGAGAGAGGGAGGGGUAGGUAGACAGUAUGAAGUACUUAGCACAGAAUCUAUAAAGGUUUUGUUGUCUCUAAAAGGAGAAAACAGGUCUUCUAAAAUAUUUUAAGCAUCUAGCAAAAUAAGGAGCAUUAAAUAUGGGGUGAGGUAUGGCUCACUUGUCAGCACUUGCCAAACAACAAAAAAAUACACUCUUAAUGAUAUAACAACUUGAUAGGGCAAUAAGUGAUACAACAUGAAGUUUUGUUUUUUAAACUCUAUCACAUGAAACUAAAAUGAGCUCUUAUCUAAACUGAUUAACUAUCCAGUGUCCAAUUAGAUGUAGCUCAAAACUGAGGAAAAAUAUGGAAGAAAAACAGCCCAGGUUUUACCAAUAAAGAUUACAAUAGCCUCAGGACAAAAGACAAAGUCACACAUGCCUAGCUGUCCAAUGUCCAAACCCAGUAACAGAAAAAGUCUCUAAAACCCUAGAGUCCCUAGACAGACCAAUCCAGUAAACCCCAAGUAACAUCACUCCACCUUCUUAAGUAUCAAAAGGAAGAAAGCAGCAAGGCAUGAUAGCACAUGUUGUAAUUCUAGAACUGAGAAGACUAAGGCAGGAGAAGCUGAAGUUCACCAACUUAUGCUAUCUAAGGAAACAAAAAUGGGGUAGUGAGGAGAGGGCAAGAGGAACAUAAGUGGGUAUGCAGUACUCUCAAGUUGUCUACUUUGGAAGAAGUGCCUUUAGUGAAAGAGAGGUAGGCCAUCUUCCUUGAUUUGUUCCUGAGAGUCACUUUAAAAACUCCUGAUAUAGAUAUAUAUACUUACUUUGUCUAAGGUUGAUCAUACAUUAGAUAUCUAUUAACAACAUAGGGGAAAGCCUAUCCCAUCAUGAAAACUGAUCACAAAAAUUGUCAUCUGAAUUUUUAUUGUUUAUUUUUGCUUGUUAAAUGUUUAAUUUUUUUUUCUUCUGGUUUACUUAUUCUCAAAACUACCAUUAUUAAGGCUGGAAGGAGGGCUCAGUGGGAAAAAGGUUACCUAGCAUGCAUAAGGCUCCAGAGUCCAUUCCUAGUACGAGGGGCAAAGGGUGUUAUCUGGAUACAUCGAGUUGGAAUGUCUUUUACUGAGGUGUAGAAGUUAUACUGGGGGUUGAACCAAAUGCCUUACAUAUGUUAGAUGGGUGCUUUACCAAUGAGUUCCAGGCAGGAAUUUCAUAUUUUGUACUGAUUUAGUAUGAACCAAGAAUGUGUGUGCCCCACAGCUAUCCAUCCAUCAACCAGGACAGAAAGACUAUAUCAAUAUAUCCACAAUGGCAAAAUAAAAGUUACUCACAAAGUUCUCAAUAGGCUAAUUCUAAGGAAUACAUUAAAAUUGUGUAUCUGGGGCCAGUGAGACGGUGUACUUGGUAAAGUGAGUGUCAUUAAGACUAUGACCUGAGCUUGAACCCACAAGGUAGGAGAGAACUGAUUGCCAGAUUGUCUCCUGCCCUUUAAAAGAACACCAUGGAACACAUUAUCACCCACCCCACAACAAACAUACACCACACAACACGGAUGGAUGGAUGGAUGGAUGGAUGGAUGGAUGGAUGGAUGGAUGGAUGGAUGGAUGAAAGAACCUGUGAAUCCCUAAAAGAUUAACAUAAAUAAAUCUUGGCCUAGUAUUAAGUCUGACAUCAAAACAUAUGCAGAGUGCUGGGGACCUAGAUCAAUAUAGAGUCCUUGUCUAGCAAGCUCAAGGUCCAGAGUUCUGGAUUUAAUUGCCAGCAACUGCAAGAAAACAAAGUAUUGUAGACUAACUUUCAAUGAAUUGUACUUAUUUAAAGAAUAGAAUACUUAUAAAUUUAAAUUUAGUCUGCUUAACUAUUAUUCAUAAUUAUCAGCAAAUUUUAAAGAAAUUGUUUAUUUAGAAAUGAUAUUUAGUUAACUCAAUAAAUACUUAUAUUUUUGGUUGUGAGCCUAGCCUUUAACGGCUGAGCCAUCUCUCCAGCCCCUCAAUAAAUACUUAAUGUUUCCCUUUGUGCAAAGAUAAAUGUAGGUAUUAAAAAAGCAUAAAUCAUACGCCUCACCCUCUGGAAUUCAAAUAUAUAUUUAGAAAACAAAGUAUCAAAUGGUAUUUUUACAGUCACUCAAGGAAAGUGUAAGAAAUAUCCUAAAAUAAUACAUAACCAGUUAAUAAAUGGUUUGACCAGUAAUUAGCCUCUUACUUAAAUACUCUAAGAAUGCUUCAGAACUCAUGAAUAUGAACUCUAAGUCAGCUAAGGACUAACUGCUUUACUCUUGUUUCAGAGAAGUGCAGUCUGAGAUGGACAGCAGUAAUUGUAAAGUUAACGCUCCUCUUCUAAGUCAAAGAUACCGGAGGAUGGUCACAAAAGAUGGCCACAGCACACUUCAAAUGGAUGGUGCUCAAAGAGGUCUUGCUUAUCUUCGAGAUGCAUGGGGAAUCCUAAUGGACAUGCGCUGGCGCUGGAUGAUGCUGGUCUUUUCUGCUUCUUUUGUUGUCCACUGGCUUGUCUUUGCAGUACUCUGGUAUGUUCUAGCUGAGAUGAAUGGUGAUCUGGAAAUAGAUCACGACGACCCACCUGAAAACCACACUAUCUGUGUGAAGUACAUCACCAGUUUCACAGCUGCAUUCUCCUUCUCCCUGGAGACGCAACUUACAAUUGGUUACGGUACCAUGUUCCCCAGUGGUGACUGUCCAAGUGCAAUCGCCUUACUUGCCAUACAAAUGCUCCUAGGCCUCAUGCUAGAGGCUUUUAUCACAGGUGCCUUUGUGGCGAAGAUUGCACGGCCAAAAAACAGAGCUUUCUCAAUUCGCUUCACUGACUUAGCAGUAGUAGCUCACAAAGAUGGCAAACCUAAUCUUAUCUUCCAAGUGGCCAACAUCCGGCCCAGCCCUUUGACCAGUGUUCGGGUCUCAGCUGUACUAUACCAGGAAAGAGAAAAUGGUGAACUCUACCAGACCAGUGUGGACUUCCACCUUGAUGGCAUCAGUUCUGAGGAAUGUCCAUUCUUCAUCUUCCCACUAACCUACUACCAUACCAUCACACCAGCAAGUCCUCUAGGUACCCUUCUCCAGCAUGAGAACCCUCCACACUUUGAAUUAGUUGUGUUCCUCUCAGCAAUGCAAGAAGGCACUGGAGAAAUUUGUCAAAGAAGGACAUCCUACCUACCCUCUGAGAUCAUGUUACAUCACCAUUUUGCAGCUCUGAUAACUCGAGGUUCCAAAGGUGAGUAUCAAGUCAAGAUGGAGAAUUUUGACAAGACUGUUCCUGAACAUUCAACUCCUGUGGUCUCUAAGAGUCCACACAGGACUGACCUAGAUAUUCAUAUCAAUGGACAAAGCAUUGACAAUUUUCAAAUCUCUGAAACAGGGCUGACAGAAUAAGACUCACCUAUUCCAUCCCACUUCUUAAUGUAUUAAAUAUAUCCAGGCAAUUAUGCAGCUAUUUUCCUUCACUGUAUCUCAUGUUUCCUAUUCCUCAAUGUUGAUUACAUCAUGUCUAUGCUCACAAAAAAAUGGCUAAGCUAACUAUACACAUUACUUAAAACAAAACAGUCUAUGCUACCAAGUUUCUAUCAGUGGUAAUCUGCUCAAAUCAAGGCAACUCAAUCUAAUAGGUACCCAUGUGAACAAAGCUGCAAAGAUGUAGCAUGGUAUCAAUAAGGAAGAUUAAAAUGGACAGUGAAAGCUAACACAGCUGAACUCUAAGAAAAAUCAGCUCUCAUUUUCAUUUGUAAACUAAAGCAACAGUCUAAUUUCAAGCCUAGCUCCCUGGGUGGAAAGCUGAUUUCACAAUAUUUAGUGAACAGCCUUUUACGACUUUUAUUUUUUCAAGACAGCAAACAUCAUUCCUCUGAUUCUUUAAACUACAAAACCAGGACAUUAUCACCCAAAUUUUUAACAGUUAGAAACAAAAAUACAAAAGUAAAGUAACAAUAUAAAUUUAUAGAUAACCCCAAAAACAUUUGACUACAAUACCCAAACACAUGUAUAUAUAUUCAUAUAUUUUUGGUAGAAUAUUCAAAACAAGUAAGAAAAGCUCUGACCCAGACAGAACCUGCAGGGCGGCAUUUCUGGCAAGAGAUGCAAAACUGUAUGUUUCUACUAUUUUAAACUCUUACUUGCAUAAUACUCAAGUAGGGGUCUAAAAGUUAAUCACUUCAGCAUCUGAAAGCAUUAUCUUAGUAUGCAUGACCCAUUCAAUGACAUAAAAGUCAUACAACCUUCCUAAAUACAAAUAUAAAUUUACAAUUUUAUAGAUACAAAACUUGAAUUAAGAUAUAAUGCAACUAGGAAAAAAUCUCCAAUAGACAAAGCAGAAAAUUAGGUAACAAAGUAUUUUCAAACCCAAAUUCCUGUUUCCAACAUCAAAUAGUUUUUUCUAUAAACACAAAAUGAGUGUUUAUUCACCAGUAGGAGGCUGGACUAGAUGAGCUCUAUUGUUUCUUUCCAAGUCUAAUAUUCCAUGAAAAUUAUGCAUUCUCUGCCUGUUUUUAUUUUAUAUAUACUAAGAUGAACCCUUUUUUAAUAUCAUGCUUAAGAUACUUCUUUAAACAAUCUUCAUUUCAACUGAAACCUUGAGCUGUCCUCCAGCAAAAUAAAAAAAAAAAUCAUACUAUCAGGUUUCAAAGAGAUCUGUAACUGCAUGCCUCCUCUUCCAUUUCCCUUAUUUGGGAUUAAGUGGGAAAAGUACAAGAUUAAAUUUCACUGUGGUGGAUGACCCAAACAGGAUCAUCUUGAAAUACAUACUAAGUAACAGUAAUGUUACAGAGAACAGCAAGUCACAUUUUUCUACUUUUUAACAAAAGGAAAAGAAAAUAAAGAACAACUUGAGUGUCCUAAGACUGAUAAUAGCAGAAGACUAUUAAGAACACAGAACCUAUUUAUUUUGAAGCUUUGCUGUUUAAAAAUCGGAGACAUAUACUCUUCUAUGGCAGGCAAACCAACUUAAGAUUGCUGAUGAGGACAGCAGAAAUUCCUUAUCAAGAUUAUCCUGACCUGUGAAAAGAAAACCUUAUCUGAGACUCCCUGAAUGCUUCUUUCUAAAGAACACUACAUCACUUACACAGAUUUCAACUUUAUCAAACUGCCUGUUAGACAGUGAAUACAUUAAGACAUUUGAAACUAAAAUAUUCCUACAGAUGCUUCAUGUUCCCCAAUUAAGUCAGAUAAAUCUCAUUCCAUAGUUACUAGUCAGGCAAAAUCAACAUCUGAAAAUUAAAAGUGCCUUCCUCACCCUCCCCACCCCCGCCAAAAAAAGGAUUGGUUGGUAGGGAUUGAAAGAUGGCUCUGUAGUUAAGAACACUAGCUGCUCUUCAGAGGUCCCCAAAUUGAUUCCUAGCACCCCAUAAAGCAGUUUAAAACCAUCUCUUUAACUCCAGUUUCAGGAGAUCUGACACCCUCUUCUGGCCUCCCCAGGCACUAGGUGGAUAUACACAGUACGCAGACAUUCAUGCAAGCAGAACACUCUGAUGUAUAAAAAUAAUUUUACAAAAAAAAAUGUAAUUCAAAAUCAUUGUUCAGGAAGCUGGAGAGAUGCUCAGGUUAAGAGCACUGGCUGUUCUUCCAGAGGUUUUGAGUUCAAUUCCCAGCAACCACAUGAUGGCUCACAACCAUCUGUAAUGAAAUCUGGUGCCCUCUCCUGGCAAGUGUAUAUAUAAUAAGUAAAGUAAUUAAAAAAAAAUUAUUGUUCAAGAACCAGAAAUAUUCUGGUAGCAUUGUCCAAAAUUCUUUCAUUUAUUUCAAAGAAUCAGAGUUCCUAGGAUUAAGUUUUCUUCAGAGAGAGCAUUAUCCCCUCGGGACUAUGAAAUAUAAGUUGAAGAAAGGAGGAAAUCACUGGAAACUCAUAUACUCAACAAUGAAGACAACUUAACAGCCAAGUAAAGUUACUCUUGGAAACCAGUAACAAAGUAUGAAGUUCUAAAAAACUGGAGAGAAGUCGUUACCAAAAAUCUUCAACUUAGAUUUAUGCUUAAAAAGUGUAACAACAACCAAAAUCAUUGUGUUUCCAAGUACUUCACACCAAAAUGCAUAUUGUAUCUUGAAAUUCAACCUGAUAGGUAUCCAUGUUGGUGGACUUACAAAGAGUACUGUACUAUUUCCACAUACUUCACAUAAAAAUGUAUGAUGUAUCAUACUUGACUGAGCCUACUAAUGUCAUGAGGAUCAUUUGUCUUUAAUGAUAAUUUUUAUUUCACUCUUACAGAAACUAUAAGAUGAUCACAGGAAUUAAUCUUUCCUGUGCAGCAAUCAAUUCCUGUUGAAUAGGACUUACAAAUCUAAAUGUUACAGGCCUUUUCCCACCUAUUUAUUCUCCCAGGGGGAUUUACAGGGGGUAAGCCAUGUUUCUUAUCCAGAUGUUUGUAAUUCUGCCCAUUUAUCUUCACAUAUAAGACUAACACAUAUGCUAGGUCUGUAGCUCAGUGGCAGAGUACUUUUCUAGUCUUCACAAGACCCUGGGGUUUGAUUCCUGGCAUCAAAAUAAAUAAACAAAUAGAUAGAUAAAUGAAUGAAUGAAUAAAUGAAUGAAUGAAUUAAAUGGAGUGGGUAUAUAGUAUGGCCCCUUUCUAAUUUUAAAAGGAACAAGCUGAGGCUGGGGAGAUGGUUCAGCAGGUAAGAGUGCCUGCAGUAUAAACACACGGACCUAAGUUCAAAUCCUAGAAUCCAUGUUUUAUAAAAAAAAGCAAAAAAAUGUCUUCAUUGGUUUGUAACCCCAGAAUUGGGGAUGCGAGGGGAUAGGACAGGCAGAUUCUAGGAAUUUUCUGGCUAACCAAAACAGCUUCAGGCUCAAUGACAGACUCUAACUCAAGUAAAUAAGGUAGAAAACGACAGGGAAAUCACAACAUCCUUCUCUGGCCUCCACAUACAUUUCUAUGGGUAUAGACACAGACAUGCUCAUAUGUACAAUUCAUACACAAAAGUAACCAUAAUUUCCAAAUAAAAAGAACAAGUCAUUCUGGUAUCUUUAAUAAUUGAAUUAUCUUAAUUUGAUAUCAUAGAACAUGUCACACUUAAUCAAUAUAUCAGUUUGUCUCAACAAAUUAGUACCACUAUCCCUAGAGGGUGCUGUAAUUAUCAUUAACAAAUUCUAAUCUGCAUCACUUUCAACAAAUGUCAAUUACUAACAAAAACAGAAAGAUCAGAAUCCUGAACAGCUAAUCUGAACUCACAUUACCAAAGCAUUCUAUUAGAUGUGUAUGAAGCACUGUACUAUAGUCUAACACACACACAACCAGCAUAUUACUACCUUCCUUAACCAUACCCUUCUGACAUUUCACAACUAUGUUUUUAUGGUUCAACUUUUCUUUUUGUUGUUGUUGAGCUGUGGAAGGGACGGGACCUUUUAAGAUCAGGCUAGCUUUGGACUUAAAAGUGAUCUGCUAGCCUUUUUCUCCCAAAGAGCUAUGAUUAAACUCAACACUAUGCCUAAUUGGGAUUCACAGUAUCAAAGGCUUACAUAGAGUACAAAAUACCUUUAUUGUUCAAAAUAGAGGCAGGUUAGGAAAAUUAAUUAGAUUCAUAUAAUAAUUACAAAUAAUGAUAACAAUGAAACUUUUACUUAUCUGUUCCUGCCACUGAAAUGUAAAAGUUAAAAAAUCAAGUUAUACAGGAGAUGGGCAUGGUGGUACACCUUUAACCUUUAAUUCCAACACUUAAGCAGAUGCAUACAGAUCUAGGAUUGAAACUAGCCCUGUCUACAUAGUACGUUCCAGGUCAGCCAGAAAAAAUAGCGAAACUCUGCCUUUAAAACAAACAAACAAACAAACAAAUAAAUAAAUAAUCAAGCUAAUCUCACCAAGAAAACUCACUACUUCCCCAAAGCACCCAACAAUUUCAGAAACCGUUAGAUCAUUUUUAAAGUGCAUUUAACACCUGCCUCCUUGAACCUUACAUUAGACUUUUAAAUUCAAGCAGGUCAAGCCCUAUUUCUCAUUCAUAUGAUCUGUAAGCCAAUGUUUGUAGUAACCCUGCAAACCCUUCUCCAAGCUCCAUCUUGCCCACAGUUUCGUCUCCUAUCCAAACAACCCAUUUCCUUGAUGAAGCUGCAAUCACAAGGCUUCAAGUGGCUUGGCCUCCAACAGCAAGGCAUGACCCCUUUCUUUCAAGAUGUGAUCCCAAAGUGAACACAAAGCUUAAACCAUCUAAUAUUACAAAAGGCGAUGAUGAGGGAUGGGGUGUUUGCUGAAGAGAUGACUCGCUGCUCUUGCAGCAGAACAGAGUUUCCCAGCACCCACAUCAGGGGGCUUAAAAUUGCCUGUAACUCCAGUUCUCUGGGAUUUAACAUCAUCUUCUAGCCUUCAUAGGCACACACAUGAGGGCACAUGCAUUCAUACAAACAUACACAUAAACAAAAAAUUUGAAACUAAUAAAAGGCAAUGAGCUUUCCAUCUUCUGGCUUACUGACAGUAAUUUAGAUCUAGUAAAUACUGCCCUGACCUAUACACUGCUGAUUAACAUGAAACUGAGGUCAUCUCAAAUAAGGCUAAGUGUUUUGCCAAGAAGCUACUCCAUACUUUAAAUUCUAUAGCUUAUUUACGUAAGACUGCAUUUUCUGCUGUUAAAUUUCCAUUUCAUUAGAGUUGGCCCUUUAUUAUGAAGUUCAAAUUCCUACUCCAUAGACUACUUCCCUCUGAACACUGAUCUGAUAAUCUGACCAGCAAGUAUCUUCUAGAGAAAACAUUAUUAGCACCUGCACAAGGCCUGUAACAUAUUUAGGAAGUCAAUGUUUGUUAAAUGAAUAAAUGAUUUAAAAUACUCUUCUCAUUUUACUUUGAGAAUAAGGACUAUGAGAGCUUAGAAUAAACAUGCCCUUCUGAUUUCAAAUCCUGUACUACUUCAUCACUUCUCUACAAUCAAGGGUAAAAGUACUGAGUCAGGGCCUGAAGAGAUGGUUCAGCAGUUAAUACUGCUUGCUGUUCUUCCAAAAGUCCUGAGUUCAGUUCCCCACACCAAUAUAGAGUGGCACACAAUGACUUGUAACUCAAGGUCCAAGGAAUCCAACAACCUCUUCUGGCCUCUGUGGGCACCUGAACACAAAAUAUACACACAAAGAGACAUACAUACACAUAAAAAUGCUUUUAAAGUAAUGAAUCAGAAAAAGAUAGGAAUAAAUGUUCUACCUAAUCUCUCCAGGCAGCAUCCACAAAAGGGUCUGUCUAAAAUAUGGGUGAAGUGUGACGGGAAGUUACCCAGUCAAACCUAAACUUCAUCAUGCUACACUCAAUUAAUGUCAUUUCAUUAAUGAGAACCAAGAAUUCCCAAUGCUACAAUAAUGAUUAAAACUAAAUUUCAAAAAUGUUUAGAUGAGUUUUAGAUGGAAGCAGUGAAAUGAAACUGAUCAUCUUAACUUUCUUGUUUACAAACCAUUUUCAUUCAAUUCAGUCUAUGAACAGUCUUAUAGUUAACAUGCUUAUGAAAAAUAUUAAUCACUAUCAAAUAUAAUCAUACUCUGUGGAACAUUUUUGGUAUUUGAAGGAAUAAAGAAAUGGAAAAUUUUCAAAUCUGUACUGAUACUGUGAAUUUGCACUUUUUUUCACCAAAUAUUAAUGCAGACCAUCAAUUUACCAGUUAGAAAACCCUUCUUAACAUUACUAAUUAACUAAAUCAUCAGAAACAUUAAAUUACUUUCCUUAUUAAGUUUGCUCUUACAUAAAUACCUUUAUUAUGUAAUUCAUCUGGCAGCUGACAUCUCACAAGAAAAAAAAACAUACUGAGUAAAUGAAGUUAGGCCUGCAAGAUGGCUUGCAGGUAAAGGUGCUACUGAGUUUGCGCCCCAGAAUCCACAUGAAGGUAGGACAGAACCAACUCCACAAACUUGACAUGCAUGGUGUGAUAUGUGUCCCCUCAGCUCCACAUAUACAUUAUACAUACAAUACACAAUAAAAGAAAAAUAGUCCGAUACUUGAUUAAAGUAAGAAUAUUCUGUUUUAGCCUUUGCCUUCUCACACAAAAGCCACAGUUUCAACAGCUUUCCUGUUCUAACCUAUGAGAUAUUCUCUAUGCUAAUAAGGGGUAACCAGAUUAGUUCCUGAUUUAGCACUUCAGUCCACCAAAGUGUCAUUUGUAGAAAACACACAACCCUAAAAUAUCAAAUCAAGGAACUCUUAAAAGCUGCAUUCAUGACUCCUGGUUUCACCCAUGGAAGGAAGGCCUUAAGAUCUACAAGACCAACAGUGUUACAGCUCCAUCUCCUGGAUAUGUGCAGGUAACAGUUAAUCUGCACAAGUUUAUAUCUUUCUGUAUGGGCCUUGUGGAAUAUUAAUAACAAGAGAGUCCAGGAUAUAUUUCAAAACAGUAAGAA